UUUAAUUUUGUUGUUGUUAUUGAGAAUAUACACUGCAGAACAUACACCAAUUCGACAUGUACAGUUCGGUGACAUUGAUUAAAUUCUCAGAGUUGUGCAGCCAUUCUCACCCUCCUUUUGAGUUGUUCCUCCACCAGUAACAUAAACUCAUUGUCCCCUAAGGUUCCCGUUUAAUCUUUCCAGUUGCUCUUGACAAUUUGAUCCCAUAUGCAGUAGUCCCCCCCUUAUCCAUGGUCCCACUUUCUGUGGUUGCAGUUACCUGUGGUCAACCUCAGUCUGAAAAUAUUAAAUGGAAAAUUCCAGAAACAAACAAUUCAUGAGUUUUAAAUUGCGAGCUGUUCUGGGUAGCGUGCUGAAUCUUGAAUCUUGCAUUGGACUGCUCCGUCCUGCUGAGAGGUUAAUCAUCCCUUAGUCCCUUGUGUCCACGCUGUACGCUACCCGCUCCUCAGUCACUUAGUAGCCAUCUCGGUUAUCAGAUGAACUCUCCAAAUAUUGCAAUGCUGGUGUUAUUUUACCUAAUAAUUGUUCUGUUUCAUUAUAAGUUCUUGUUGUUAACCUCUUACUGUAUCUAAUUUAUCAAUUAAUCAUAGCUAUGUACGUAUAGGAAAAAACAUAGUCUAUGUAGAGCCUGGUACUGUCCACAGUUUCAGAUAUCCACUGGUGGUCCUAGAACAUAUCUCCCGCAGAUAAGGGAGAACUACUGUAGAUAGUUCUUAGAAGAGCGUAAUGUCCGUGGCAGAUGUUUUUUACUUGUUCAGCUAAACUAUUGUUUGGUUUUAAGAAGACUUCAGGAAAUACUUUUGGUUUAAGAUUUAAAGAUUAUCUCAGGACAAUAGUUUUGGGGGUUCAUCCAGCCUCUGUGGCUCCAGGAAGUCUGGAGUCUAUGAGACUUUGAAAUUCUGUCCUGCAUUUUCCCCUUUUGAUCAAGGAUUCUUCUUUAGAAUCCUUGAACAAAAUGUUCAGUAAUGGUAGCCGGGCACCAUCCCGUUCUCCUGGUCUCGUGGCAAAGGAGGCAGUUGUUCGUGGAGGCAAUCAGCCACACGUUCCAUUUUCUGCUCUUAUUCCUGAUCCCUUCCUCUGUUGUUCCAGGCAUAUAGAGACCAGUUGUUGUGCCUUGGAUGGCCACCUGUACAGGCUUUUAAGACCCCAGGUACUACCUAGUGAACUAGGAGGUAGAACAGAAGCACUAAACAUGAUAUCAGGCUAAUUAACUAGGAUGUCCCAUGAAACCACAACCCAGAAGCUGAGUAAUUUUAACUAGAGUUUUUGUGGUUGUUAGGUGCUGUUGAGUCAGUUCCGACUCAUAGUGACCCCAUGCACAAGAGAACGAAACACUGCCAGGUCCUACACCAUCCUUACAAUUGUUGUUAUGCUUGAGCUCACUGUUGCAGCCACUGUGUCAAUCCGCCUCGUUGAGGGUCUUCCUCUUUUCCGCUGACCCUGUACUCUGCCAAGCAUGAUGUCCUUCUUCAGGGACUGAUCCCUCCUGACAACAUGUCCAAAGUAUGUAAGAUGCAGUCUCGCCAUCCUUGCUUCUAAGGAGCAUUCUGGUUGUACUUCUAAGACAAAUUUGUUCGUUCUUUUGGCAGUCCACGGUAUAUUCAGUAUCCUUCGCCAACACCACAAUUCAAAGGCGUCAGUUCUUCUUCGGUCUUCCUUAUUCAUUGUCCAGCUUUCACAUGCAUAUGAUGCGAUUGAAAAUACCAUGGCUUGGGUCAGGCGCACCUUAGUCUUCAAGGUGGCAUCUUUGCUCUUCAGCAUUUUGAAGAGGUCCUUUGCAGCAGAUUUACCCAAUGCAAUGUGUCUUUUGAUUUCUUGACUGCUCCUUCUACAGCUUUCGAUUAUGGAUCCAAGUAAAAUGAAAUCCUUGACAACUUCAAUCUUUUCUCCGUUUAUCAGGAUGUUGCUUAUUGAUCCAGUUGUGAGAAUUUUUGUUUUCUUUAUGUUGAGGUGCAAUCCAUACUGAAGGCCACUGUCUUUGAUUUUCAUUAGAUCACCUUUAAUAGUUACUACUCUUGUCAAAGACUUUUUCCUUCUCUCCCCCUCAAAGCUUAUGGGCACUCUGUUACUUGUUAAUCCACUCUUUUUGUUUUUUUCGCUUCACAGUCUCUUCCUCCUGUCCCACCCCCGUGCUCUUCAUUGCAAUGAGUGGUGGUCAUGGGUGUUUGAGACUGCAGCGACCAAGACGCCAGCCAGUUCCCUGCUCACAGGGUGGGCUCAGUGGGUUGCUCCUGAGUUCCAGUCACCUGCUGCUUGGUGGGCUAACCAGCCCAGGUAGCCUCGCUCAGGUGCUGCUGUCAACCAGUGUGCCUGGCUCGCCACCACGUGGCCUUCAUCCUCCCAGGAGGUGAGAUAGGGCUUUACAAGGCCAAGUUCCGAGAAGCAGCUCCGGUAUCAAAGUGUUUUAUCAAACUCUUUCUUGCUUCACGUUUGUCCAUAUCUGGUUGGCCAAAGAGUUCUCAUGACCAAGCCUCAAGUCUGUGUGUGAGGAGACUGUGUGGACAGCAGGAGGCAUGGGGGCAGGUGGGUCAUUAACAGUCUACCCUGUGAGGGAGGGCUUUUUGUGCCACCUGUAAAUGACAAGUUCAGUUUUUGUAGUUUAUUGUGUUUUGCAUUGGCCUCGGUUUGAGGAACCCUUUUUAGUGCCGGGAAUUCAAAUAAGGCAGUCUCAAACGACUCUGUGUGUAGUUCAUAAAGUCCUGGUGAUCUCAGCUUCUAAGCAGGAAACACCCUCUUCAGACUGUAUUUGUGGCUUCAGAUACAGAAGGUAGGAACUGCUUACAGGCACCUGCCUUGGGGCCUGAUGCUGCUUGCAGAAAACGCUGGUAAGUGCUGGGGAAACAUGGCUUGCUAGGAUGAUCUGGCUCUGGGCCUGCACCCUGGUGACAAGGCAGUCACCAAGGAAACCAAAGAUACAGCUUCUAAAAGGCCCCUCAAAGGCUUUGUUGCUGCCGUCUGGAAUCAGCCCAGCUUGGGAGCAUGUGCUGGAGAUGGAAGUAGAAAGCAAGAAGGAACUUCCGGGACGAGGGUGGCAGUUGUUUUUGAAAUUCUUACUUGGGCCUUGUUUCAGAACAAGGGGAGGUUUGGAGUAAUUUUGAGGUUAUUGUGAGAUUUGGCUCUGAUGUGGAUGCUGCCGAGAGAACAGGAAAUGAAAUCUUGGUGUUUUAAACAUGUGGUGGGAGAGUGAGCUGCAAAUGUCUAAAUAUGGCCAACUCUGCAGGUCUUCAUUGCAGGGCGAGUGUGCUGAGUUGGGAUAGAAUUGGUUACUUCCCACGCUGGCUCCUUUGAUCCUUAAAGGUACAUGGUGCACAUCUGCCCGUCGAGGUGGGGACCUGGGUGGUUCUACUGGAGUCCUGGCCAAGGGGUCAGUGCCACACCUUCAUUGAGCCCUGGAUGAGGAAGAGGCCCUUGGUUUUGGGCACUCAAACCAGCAGCCGGCCACCCCCGAUCCCAAGAUCCCACCUGCUUUGUAAGUGUUCGGACCCAUAGUGAGAACUUGUUCUUUUGAGAAACUUUGAAAUCUCCCAGUUCAGGAGGACCCAGAUGCCGCCGGCAAGAGUUCUAGUCACAAUUUUUUGCAGGUGUGUAAGUGCAGUACUGGGUUUGGGUAAGUGCAGUGUUUAGGUUGUGACUUUGUAACUAGAAUCCUUGGUGUGUGGAGAAUCAAAAGCAGCGGAGCAACGAUGGAAAGAGCUAGGGAGAGAUUUUGAAAGUUCUGGGCUUGGGCUAUCUCAACAGCCAUUGGCUGACCGGUGGCUGUUUAAAAAAGUAAUCUGAAAUGUUGUACGGAAGGCUGAGAUGAGCGGCUCCUUCCUACAGGCAGGAGAACAGCUGUUUUGAUAUAUAGCAGCGUGGGUGGUUCUGGAAGUCAGGGGUGGGGGCGUUGGAUUAGUCUGCUGAUGAGUGUCUCAGUAACCUGUCAUACAGGUUUGGACAGGAGCGGGCUCUGGGUUCCCCUCUGCGGUGGGGGGCUCGGAGAGGAAGUGGGGGGACAGUCCCAUUGACAGCUGGAGCCCAAGCUGAGUGAACCGAGUGAACUGGCAGUUAGAACUCCCACAGGACCUUUCAUGAGUGCCCCCCCUCCACCAGCUUACAGAACCAUGUCUGUUAGCGAGAGUUACUGUUUGAUAGUUGGUAGAACUGAGGGCUGCUGUAAAAACGGCAUGAGGUGGCAUCUGACCUCCUCUAACCCCACAAGGGGGCAGGAGAACUGGGAUCAGCAGCACAAGGCUGACUCCCAUGAGACAAAGGCCAGACAAGCUGCUUCUCUCUGCCAUCUUUACUAACUUUGACACAAGUUGUUCCCCCCCUCAAGCACUCUGCUCCCCUGCUGGGUUUGAUAAUUCAUUGCAGUGGCCACACAGAACUCACAGACCACACUCACCAUCAAGGGGUUUAUUAGAGAAGUAACAGAAUUCGGGCUCAGGAACUCUCAGGAUACAGUUCUUCCAUCAGGACAGCCUCUUCCCAGCUGUGCUCGCAGGCAUGCCUCUCCCUGGCCCUAAGUCUCUGCCCAAAGGCACCCCGCUUUCUCUUCUGUGGGCUGGGAAGCCCACCGUGCUGUCUCCUGCUGCUGGGUCUCUCCUUCCUUGGUGGUGGGCUCCCCCUCUCUGCUCUGGAAUUGGCUCUCUUUUAAAGCAAAACUGACCAAUUCCCUUGGUAGGCCAUAGUUACCCUAUCACAUAAUCACCUGGGUGGGAGUUAACAAGACCGUGGCUGGAAAGGCCACACACAAAUCAGUCCACUACAGCUGGUGAAUAGUUAGUCAUUGAAACCCAGGGCUGGGGCCCAGGUUUGCUUCUGCUGGGACUUAUACUACAGUCAAACCUUUGAAAGCUGGAACCUGUGUAAGGCGGAAACCUGCCAGAGAAGGAAAAUACAAAUAUUUUACACUAUACAGAGAGCUACAGAAAAGUGGUGACUACACCCUGUCAAAGGCGGAAAACUUGGGAGACCUGGAAAAGCAGGGCAGGCCCGUCCAGUUCUGGCUGUCACAGUUUUCACUGUAUAUAAUGGGCAGCCUGUAAUUUGUCGUUUUCCUUAGAAAAUCUCUAGUAGAUCCAGAAAACAGACAAACAGACUUCACUUGAUGGUAGGUGACUGUGACUGUAACUCUGCACUAGAAAGGAGAAUGGGAGGUGCAGCCCACGCCCACUCUGCCGGCCUCCCCUGGACAAGUUUCAGACACCUUUGGGCCUCAUUUCCUCACCUGCGCACUGUAGUUUCUUAACACUUGGGGGAAGAUCACAGACACCUUUGGGAGUUUGAUGGAAGCGCUGAGCCCUUUCCCCAAUGGGGGUGGGGGUUGCCCAGUGUACCUACAUAAAGUUUGGUGUACGCCUUUAGGGGACAGGCUUCAGAAUCCCACUUAGGACUGAAAUUUCAGGGCUCUCAUAGCCUGAGUAAGCCUUGUUUCCCUGCCCUGGAAAAUCACUUUUGGUGACCUGAUUCUAAUUAGGAAGACAAAGGUGACCCCUGUGAACCAGUGGCUGCAGGCAGAGCUGGUGGGGACGUGUGCAGCAGGCCCCACACUCGGCUGGCACCUUUCCGGAGAGUAGUUUGGCAGUACAUGCUGAGCUGUUUCACAGGACGUGGAGCCUGUAACUCAGCCAUUCCGUUCCCCAGGAUGCUCUUCUAAAUAAAUAAUUUAAAAAUAUAUAAAAAGCUUCACGCACCAAGGUGAUUGUUAGAUUGUUACCGCGAGACUGUCCUGCAUUGGCAUGUAGAUAAGAAUCCCAUAAAUGCAGCCGUACACUUAGAUUUCUGAGUAGUUUUUAAUAAAAUAGGGGAAUUGUGUUUGUUAUAAUAUGUGAAAAAGGAUGGAUAUGCUCUGUGAUCUCAAAUAAUAUUAAAAAAAUGAAAAUCUAGAGGAAAAUACAGAAAUGUUAACAAGUUAUUGCUUGUAGAUAGUAGGAUUAUGGGGUAUUUAAACUUUUUCUGUUUUCUCGUCUGUGGUAUUAGCUCUAGGUUAGGGAAGGAUGUGAUUCGGAAAAACUGUAGCAUGUGGACAUAGUUUGGCAGCGCAGAUCUAGCUCGUUUCUGGCUGGAUCCAGUGGUUUUUCUGUUUCUAGCUUUUUAGGGAAGUGCUGUUGUUUUCCAAAGUGGUUGUACCAUUUUGUAUUCCCACCAGCAGUGCAUAGUUCCAGUCUCACUGCAGUCUCCAACAUUUGUUAUUUUCUAUUUUUUUUUUUAUUUUGUGCCAGUAAUGCCAGGUGAGAUGGUAUCUCACUGUGGUUUUGAGUUGCAUUUUCUCUAAUGGAUAGUGAUCUCAAGCAUUUCCUCACGUGUCUGUUGGCCGCUUGGAUGUUUUCUUUGGUGAAGUGUCUGUUCAUUUCCUUUGCCCAUUUUUUAACUGAAUUUUUUGUCUUUUUGUUGUAGGGGUGUUGGAUUUUCCUGUAGAUUUUAGAAAGUAGACCUCUGUCGAAUUCGUAAUAGCCAAAAAUUUGUUCCUAGUUUGUAGAUUCUCUUUUUAGUCUUUUGGUGAAGUCUUAUUUUUAAAAAUUUUUAUUGUGCUUUAAGUGAAAGCUUACAAUUCAAGUCCGUUUUUCGUAUAAAAACUUAUACACACAUUGUUAUGUGGCCCUAGUUGCCCCCCCUACAAUGUGACAGCACACUCCUCCUCUCCACCCUGUAUUUCCCAUGUCCAUUCACCCAGUUCCUGUCCCCCUCUGCCUUCUCAUCUCGCCUCAGACAGGAGCUGCCCACUUAGUCUCUGCUGUGGUGAAGCCUUUUGAUGAGCUUAAGUGUUUAAUUUUUAGACGGUCCCAGUUACCUAGCUUAUCUUCUGGAGUUUGUGUGUUGUUAGUUAGGGUUUGUAUCCUGUAAUGCCUUGUAUUAGGGCCUCUAGCAUUGAGACUAUUUUUUCUUCUCUGAUCUUUAUAGUUUUUGGGUUUUUAUUUAGGUCUUUGGUCCAUUUUGAGUUGGUUUUUGUGUAAGCUGUGAGGUAUAGGUCCUGUUUCAUUUUUUUGCAGAUGGACAUCCAGUUUUGUUAAAAAGACUGCCUUUUCCCAUCUGAUGAACUUUGGGCCCUUGUUGAAGAUCAGGUGACCAGAGGUGGAUGGAUUUACAUGUGGGCUCUCAGUUCUGUUGCAUUGGUCAGUGUAUCUGUCGUUGUACAGGUAGCAGGCUGUCCUGACUGCUGUAGCUGUAUGGUAGGUUCGGAGGUCAGGCAGUGUGAGUGUGAGUUCUCCUGCUUUAUUCUUCUUCAGCGGUGUGUUACUUACCCAGGGCCUCCUCCCUUUCCAUAUAAAGUUAAUGAUUAGUUUUUCCGUCUCUUUGAAAAAUGUUACUGUAUUUGUAGGAUUGCUUUGCGUGCAGGACAUGUUCUUCAUAAACUUUGUUAUGCCACUUGACCUAGAUGUCCCCUGAAACUAUGGUCCACAGACCCCUGCCCCUGCUACUCUGUCCCUUGAAGUGUUUGGUUGUGUUCAGGAAACUUCCUAACUUCUGGUUUAGUGCAGUUGUGCUGAUACGUAUGAUAAAUUUUGAGAACUACUCUGGUUCUUGUUAAAAUGUAGAUUGUGAUUCGGUGUAUCUGGGGUGGAAAGGCAGAUUCUCAGCAGGGGAGUCUAGCUGGACUGAACCGGUUAGAACCCUGGCUGGAUCUAAGUAAGUAUGGCCGAGGGGAGGGCUGACACCUCAGAAACAGUGCUAGUGCAGUUGCCAAGACUUGGCGAAAAGUGUCACACUCCACCUCAAGUACAGUACCAGAGAGCACGGGUGUUGUCGUCAGGUGCCGUCCUAGUCUGUUCCGACUCGCAGUGACCCUGUGUACACCGGAAGAAAACACCUCCCGGUCCUCCGCCGUCCUCACAGCCGUUGUUAUGCUCAAGCCCAUUGUUGUGGCGUCUGGCUUGUCUUCGCUAUGCCGCUUGCCAUUUUCCUUCUUCUGUGGGUUCACAGAUGGAUUCAGUGGAAAAGCCAACAAAUAGAAGUGAACAGAAGUCAAGAAAGUUUUUGAAAAGCCUCAUCCGGAAACAGCCACAGGAACUGCUCCUGGUCAUCGGGACAGGUGUCAGUGCGGCCGUGGCCCCAGGCAUCCCUGCGCUGUGCUCCUGGCGAGGCUGCAUCGAGGCUGUCAUCGAGGCUGCGGAGCAGCUGGAGGUGUUGCAUCCUGGGGACAUCGCCGAGUUCCGGAGGAAGAUGACCAAGGACCGGGACCUGCUGGUUGUUGCCCACGACCUCAUCCGUAAGAUGUCACCGCGCACCGGUGACACCAAGCCCAGCUUCUUCCAGGACUGCCUGAUGGAGGUCUUUGACAGCCUGGAGCAGCACAUCCAGAAGCCACUGGUGCUGCAGUGCGUCCUUGGCCUGAUGGAGCGUGGCACCAUGGUGCUGACCACCAACUACGACAACCUGCUGGAGAUUGUCGGGCAGCGGCAGAACAGGCCCAUGGAGUCCCUGGACCUCAAGGACAAGACGAAGGUCCUCCAGUGGGCGAGAGGGCACAUCAAAUAUGGCGUUCUCCACAUCCAUGGCUUAUACACAGACCCUUGUGGGAUGGUGCUGGACCCAUCAGGGUAUAAGGAUGUGACCCAAGACCCCGAAGUAAUGGAAGCUCUGCAAAACCUGUACCGCACCAAAUCUUUCCUGUUUGUGGGCUGUGGAGAGACCCUUCGUGAUCAGAUAUUCCAGGCCCUCUUCCUUUACUCUGUGCCGAAUAAGGUGGACUUAGAACACUACAUGGUCGUGCUCAAGGAGGACGAAGACCAUUUCUUUAAGCAUCAGGCAGACAUGCUUGUGCACGGAAUUAAAGUCGUAUCCUACGGGGACUGCUUCGACGACUUUCCAGGCUACAUGCACGACCUCACCACGCAGAUCUGCAGACAGCGCAGCCCAGACGUGGAUCGUGUGGACAGCACGACGUUUCUGGGUAACGCAUGUCAGGACUGUGCAAAGAGGAAGCUGGAAGAGAAUGGAACUGAAGUUUCGAAAAGACUCAGACAGUCGGAUGCCGAAGACGUCUUCUCCACCCCAGAUGGCUACAGAACAAGAGGAAGAACCUCCAGGGCUGGGAUUUCACUAAACAGUCAAGGAGCACUACGUUACGUGCCGCACACUGCACUGUGUCUACACCAAUGGCUGUAAUACCUCCACUUCAAUGAUGUCAUCCAGUGAUCCCAGCAGAAGAACUAUCUCGAUGUCUUGAACUUUGCAAUCAAGCAGCAUGUUAUGCUUCU